AUGACCAUGAGUCUUCACCAAAAGGAGAAAAUAAAGAAACUCUUGAAAGUUUUGGUGUCAGGAUUGAUAGUUUUCAAUUGCAACCCAGUGCUCAAGCGGUUUCUCACCGCUAACAUUUCCAAAUACAAUGCUCUACUAGCAAAACAGAAAAACUCGAUAACUUUCGUAUCUCUCUUGACAGUAAUAUUCAACUCGCUAUACUUCGUGUAUCCUGAUGAUUAUGGGGAGUAUUUGGAUAGCGUGUUAGUGUUUUUGUUGUUUAGCAUCACCAAGAUUCAGUUAUUUGAGUUGAUGAAGGCCAGUAAGAACCUAAACCACCCCAGAUUAAAGGUAAUGUGUCAAACCAUAACGAUGUCUAUUGCAUUAAUGUUCAAAUAUUCUUCUUUAACAACAACAUGCACCAAAUUGAAAGGGUUUAGUAUCCAGUAUCUAUCGAAAAUCCAGAAGUUGAAAAUUUCCCAAAAUAUUCGGUCUACUUGGCUAAUACCGAUGGCCGGCUUAUUAUUAUCAUUCAACCAGAAUCUCUUCAGACUAUUAUUAUCGUCAUUAAGCUCGAUGACGAUUUUUCAAACCAUUGAUACACAUAUUAAAGUGAGGAACUCGUGGAGCACGAAUCUUUGCAAGAUCAUGGUUGCCAUGGCAUCAUUCUCAGCCAUUUACAGUGGUAACGUUUAUCCACAAUGGGCCAUCAAUUGGUCUUUGAAAGAAAUCGUAUCGCAAAUUUUCUACACUAUCGUACCGAUCCUGUUUAAACAGAAGAAUCAAAGACGGUACAAGAAGUUACAAAGCUUUUUGAUUUCCGUAAUCAUCGCCAACAUGGUGUUUUAUAUCGACGGUACUGAUAUGAAGAAUAUAGAUUUCAAUAAGUUCCCGUUAUCGAAAAUGAUCACUAGAGUGGUUUCCACCAUCAAUACAGGACUAAUACCGUUGUCAAAAUUUGAGUCAUCGCUAACUCCAACAACCAACCCUAAAACUCUAAUGAUAGAAGACCCAGUGCCUGAGAGAAAGAAGUCCCAUAGAAGGAAGCAUUCUACCAAGACAAAUGAUAGAGAUAUCAAAGUAUAUGACAAUGAUUACUCUCUAAGGGUUCAAUCAUCGGCAAAACUAGUAUGA